AUGUUGCCAAGAGAUGUAUCAUCAUUCGAUCAUGAUCCACCAAAAGAUGUUAUCGAGGUGCUACCGGCGGUUCGACGAUUCUACACGAGAGGAGAAAUAACGCUCGGCGACUACAAUCGAAACUGGCCGAUCAUCUUAUGCUGCGAGAUUUCGAAGAAGAUCGGAUUGAAUCUUGUCUACAAGCAAACGGUCACGUUAACUACGACUGGACCUACACCUGUGGUUACUGUUUGGUUUAUGGGAAUCAGCUAUCGAUACAUUUGUGGAUAUCAGCAGAUCAAUCCUACCCUGAGCGAAGAAGAGAAUGUUAGAGAAGCUAUCGGUGCUUUAUACAACAGACUCUCAGAUGUUGGGGCUGUACCCAGUGGGAUAGCUAGACUUUGUGCCCGAUUCGAGCUUUUGAAACCGGUUGUAUUGUUGACAUUGCCUUGGUUUCAACAUCUUAUGAUCAAAAUAAACGAAACGCUGUAUAAAGAUCUCAUGUUUGACAUGCCCACAAGACCCAUGAACGAGACUGCGCUUCUAGUGAAAGUGGAGUCGUUAACGAAAUACUUGCAAAAGUGGUCAGCACAUUAUUGGACCAACAAGCUGUGUAUGCGAUGUCCAUCUUACGUGCAGAUAGUGCGACUAUGGGGAGCCGGUGUUCCAAAUGUUCGACUGCCCAAUGAAAAGUUUAAAGAGAUUUACGACUGUUCGGGUGUUAGAAGUGGUGUCAUUCAAUUCCUCGAGGACUAUCUCGUCGAGGAUAGUGAUCCGCAAAAGCAGCGCAAAGCACUACAGAAACGAAUCGAUUUUCCACCAGACGGUUCACCACAUCCGCUAUUGCUUGGUGUCCCAGAAGCUUUGACGUCGUAUCUGGAUGGACUUGAUAGCAGGUGCCCCAUUCCAUUGGCAAUUAAUGAAUUUAUCGACUUCUUCAAUGGCGGCGCUGAUAAAUCCAAAUCGAUGGAUACACCAAUGCCAUCGUUGUUACUUCAAACAAGCAGAACCACUAAUGCCAGCCUUGAAUCAUUUGUGCAGCAGAAAGACGACACAUUGUUUGUGCCAAUUGACAAACCAAGCGAUUUCCAAGUUAUUGUGCAAGAGAAACCUGGGCUCAACUUACUCAUUCAAAAUUUGCCCGAAAGAGAGAAGGAUCCAAAGGUCACUAGACAAGUGGAAAUUGCCACCGUUUCAGAAGUGCUUGCUUUAGUUGGAGUCAAAGACGAAGAUUUUGAUGUUUUGGGACGAGUCCGUCUACCUGCAUACACUUCGCUCUACAAACCCUUGCCAUUGCAAGUUCGUCUCAGUAUCCACGUUCGCAAGCCAAAUCUCGAGGAUUUAAAUAAUGCUUUGAAGCGUCAUCCACGUCUAAAAACGCUAGCCGUGAGCUGGUUUACCGAGGAAAACGAGAAGCAAAGAAAAAUCACCGAGAAAGGUUCUAGAUCUCGUCCAGAAACGACGCGAACAAAAGAUCGAAAGCGCAGUCACUCCAGAAGCCGAGAACGCAAGCGUUCUCGAGAUCGUGAGCGCAAACGUGAAAAAAGCCGAAGUCCCCGAAGGUCCGAUAAGAAGUCGGAACCAAGCAUUAGGGACAGUUCUCAGCCAUCUUUGUUUGGGCGAGACUUGAGGGAGGUCUAUUCGCGCCGUGUCAAAAAUUUUGUGACAAAAGUUGCGGAAACGGCGGACUGUAAACUAGUCAUCGGUGCCUUUCCGGAAGAUCCCAUAAGCACGAAAGUAAACGCCAAGUUCACCGAUAUCCCUUUCAUGAUCCAAGCUGAAGAUAUUGCUUUGGCUUCACUGAUUGCUCGCCUCGUUGACUUGGGAAUGGUUCCCAAUCAGCUGGUCGAUUUGGUCUCAACGUAUGAUGAAUGGUGUGCACCCAUUUGCAAAGUUUUGGGCCCGUGUAUGAAUUUUGCAAAAGCCGUUCUCAAGAGCCCGGACUACGCGCCAAUUUUAAUGGAAAUUGCAAACUACGAACAAAAUGGGCAACUUUUCAUGCCACCAACCAGAGUCGACCAAAUCUACGCUGUCACAAAAUUUGUUCAAACUAUGAAAGAAUUUGGAGCAAAACACUGGACAAUGACGACACUUAUAGCGCCUGAUGCAGCUUCACAGAUUCCUCAGAUCGCUGAUGGGUCAUUCAAAGUCGUGGCUUCUGAUUCUCGAGAGGCUCGUGACGAAAGGACCAAAGAAAAGAAGAUCAAAGAAAAACAAGAACAGCGUGCGAAGCAAGAAGCAAAGGAGGCAAAGAAAUCUAAAAGCUAUAAAAACAACAAGAAAGAGGAACGAUCGAGGAGCCCAGGUAGAGUCAAAGCGCGUGGCAAAUCACCAGAAGCUCCAAAGAGCGAGACACAAGUUCCAAUGGAUAUUGAGAAGGAGGCACUGUUUGUCGAUUUGGUCUCUGAUGACGAAGAAGAGAGCAGCGACAAAGAUGAUCCGGAAGAGACGAUCAAGCGUCUUGCGAGAGAAGAAGCUGAACUAGAGAGAAAGAAUCAAGAAAUUCAACGACAGCUCGAAUUAUUGGACAAAGGAUUGUUAAAAACGGAAGAUGCAUGGGCCCUAUUGAGCUCGUUGAACAAAGAUGUGGAGAAAGAGAAGAGUAGCAAGAAGCUUGAACGAGAGAUGGUAGAGAAAAAGACGAGUCGAAAGAGUCCACGAUCGGGCAGUCCAUGGGAUGAACGGAAGCGUAGCGUGAAAACAAAUGACAAUAAAGCAAGCGAUCAUGGAAAACAGUCGAAAGAGCGUAUUUCUCCUCUUGCCAGUCACUCCAAUGAUAAAUAUGCUAAAAACAGGAGUGAGAUUUCCAUAAAGGCCGCUCAGAAGUCACGAUCGGAACUACCCGAGGAAUCGAGAGUAAAGAUGCCGACUACGACCGCUGUUGUGACCACUACGACUGCAGUAUAUUCGAAUCCGAUCACUACUUCGGCUGCAUCAUUCAACCAACCAAUCAUUCCGAUAAAUUCCUUCAAUGUGCAAUCGUCUCCGAACAACAUUCAACCAUCCACGGCUACGAUUAUGACUUUUCCUCCUUCGAACAUCUCACAACCACCACCGGCGCUUCCGAAGAUGCCAGUUACUACUUAUGUACCACCUGUGAAUUUGAAUGCACAACCUCAACUACAAGCUCCGACCGUCGAAAGUAACGAAGAAUUGAGGAAACAAGCCGAGCUUCUCGAAGAACAACUGCGUUUGUUGCAAAGAUUGAAGGCGUUGACGAAACAAAUUGAUGAUGGUGGAUUCUCGGCACCGAUGGUUGUUGCACCGACACCGACUCCCGAUAUGCGUGGACCGCCGCCGAUGCAGCGAAUUACGCCAGCAGCAAAUUGGCCAAACCAAUCAUACGUCUCGCCUGAAUCUCGCCUGAAGCCACCGAUUAUUGCACAACCUGUGGAUCCGUUGGGAGCCCGACGUUUUCAAAUAUUUCCGCCACAGCUCCCAUCUUUCGUUCCCGAUUGGUGUAUUGACUUUCUUAACGAGGCCGAGAAAAUCACACCGUUCUACUUGCAAAAAAUUUGCAGUGCGGUUCAGGAUCAAGGAGAAAUCCGCCAACUACUAUUAGAGCCUAGGUUCUGUCGUGAACACGACCCAGCUAUUCGUCCAUGCGCCUUUCAUUGCCAUGUCGGACUUAAUCAUAAGACCGUUGACUGUAUCGUACAACUCCCAUGGUCUCGCCGUAUUCGACUUGCCGAAUUAAAUGGAAUAUGUUUGGAUAAGAAGAUAUGCAUCAUGCCGCAUCGUGGUGAAUGCCCGUUACGCUCUCAACAAUGCCAGUUUUGCGGCGAUCUUCACUUCCUGGCUUGGUGCAGGAAGCAGGCACAGAUGCGAAAUUUGUACGACGUAGCUGACGAGCAGCAAGUGAUCUCUCAAAAUCCGGUAGCUUCAAUGGGAACAGGAAGUCUUCCCAACACCACAUUUUCCUAUGGUAUG